AUGGUAACAGAGUUUACAUCUGAACCCAACGGUCCAUUACCUGACAUCACCAUGGAUCCUGAUUACCAAUCUUUGUACAACAUUUCUGAUAUUAAUGGUAAUGACUAUCUUCUCAACACCACUUUCUGGUUCGAUUUAAGCACCGAGGAGCCAACACCCAUUCCACUCCCAGGCAGAUCUUCCCUGACGGAAUUCAUCGUACGCGUUGUCAGUGUGAUUAUCACCCUCUUCGGCAACGCUUUAGUGCUGUACGCCUACGCCACAACGAAAAAUCUUCGUACAUACUCCAACUAUUACAUCGUGGGAUUGGCAGUGGCUGAUUUCUUCGUUGGGGGCGUCCUACCAAUUAUAAACCUCUACCAUUCUUUUCUUGGUUACUGGCCCUUCACCGAGGUCGCCUGCACCUGCAUGACCUUCAUCUCUCACGUUUUCCUCCAGGCAACUUUCUUGAUGACGGUGGUGAUUUGCUACGAUAGGUUUAGGGCUCUCAACAUGCCCCUCAAGCACUUGAAGGAUAAGACCAUGCGACACGCGUGUUUCCUGAUAUCCCUUGCCUACAUCAUCCCGGUACUGCUCUGGACGCCUGUCAUUGUGGUGUUCCCGUACGUCGGGCUGGCCACACGGAUACGUCCCCCGCUGUGCACCGGUCCCUACGCGCUCCAUCCUUCCCUACUAAUCUUCACAAUCCUAGUCCUGUCCUGGACCCCGAUGCUGGUGACCUCUGUCCUGUAUGCCUUCGUCUAUAGUGCCGUCAUUCGCAAAGGGGUCAACAAGAAGCGAGGCAUCGGCGAGGAGGCCAGCUCCAAUUAUGCAUCGCGGGCAGCGACCGACGAAACACCUGGCUUGAGCAGUCCCGCCGUUCGGUGCGACCGGGCAUCCCACUCACAGACAACCCGUGGUACCGAGCCAGGUUCAUCCAAGGAUCAGGUCUUCAGCGUGUCUAGUGGACUAUCCUUGGGCUUGACCAACUUGGCCUUCGAGCAAACCGAAGAUGAUAAUGAUGAAUACCAAACCAAAUAUCACCCAAAAACCACAAUCCACCACAUUUCGCAAAUUUCGGCAGAACCGUCGGCGAAACGUCCAGCGGGAAACCCAGAUGAAACGUCGACGAAACGCCAUGUCGGACUGGGCGCAUCGAAGCGUAAAACACGAGCCUCCAACAUGAUUUCCAAGUACGAGACCCCUGAUACCGAGCCUGGGCAAACAAAGGAUAAAGUCUUCAGCGUUUCAGCGAGACUCACCAUGGUCCUGACCAAUCUGGCUUAUGAGAAAACCGAAGAUGAUAAUAAUAAGGACAAUACCACGAUGCGUCCAGAAACAGCCCGUACAACGCCGGUGCCAUCAGCCAAGCGUCGGUACCCCGACGUCCCAGUCGUACCCAAGCACCAGGGUGAGCCGGGGAACCAGUACUCUGGGGAUGGGGGUACCGAGGAUGCCAAUCAGCUGUGGCAGAAUGGUGAACACAGGGACUGCAUGACAACUCAUCGAGUAGCAGAGGCCAAGGCGAGGGAGGACAUAGCUUCAUUCUUGAAGUAUGCCCCAAACAAGCCCGGAGCGACAAGAUUCAGGAAUCCUGCCAACCCUGUUGACCCUGCCAACGCUGUUGAGCCCGCUGACCCUGUCGACCCUGUCGACCCUGCAAACCCUGCAGAUGAUGAAUAA